CUUGCUCGACAAGAACUUGCACCUCAGCUCCCUCCUCGGAUCCCCUUGUCAGUGUAACUGAAAGACUUAGUAGAGCGUUUAACUUUAGCCAGCUUGUGUUCAGAUAGAGAAAACGACACAUUUAAACGACGAUGGUACGGAUCUGGCGACUGAGACCAUGAACUAGGAGUCGUGAGGUCCCGCGGGCCAUGAGUUUUGACUCUCCUGCUGGUUAACAACAACCUCAAGGCGGCAGGCUGACCCUGUGCUGACCCUGGCAGUGGACAUGUGUUCUGUGGCAGCGGAAGAUGAGCAGCGGCAAUACAAAUUUCCAAAAUCCAGUGACAGAGAAAGGAGAGGAUCACACAGGACUACUUGUGAUUGUUGUUGCUGUGCUUGGAACCCUUGUUACUGUUGGGUUGCUUGUUGGCAGUGUGUGGGCUUGUCUUGUGUGCAGCAAAAUAUUAUAUCGUCAAAGAAAAUGGCAUAUGAGGCAGAAGUUUGGCAUUGAUGGAUUUCCUCCUCAGCCCAGGGAAAUGGUUGAGAUGGGACAUAUAUCUCAUCUUCCUCACUCCCCAGACCAUGGUCCAUACAGUGUCAACAACACAGGUAUAUCAAGAAGUCUUGGCAUAUGUACAUCACAGUCUGCUGGACAGUUUCCUGCUGUACCAUCCCCGAAGAGUUGGACACCCAGUCCUCCAUUUGCUAGUGAACAAGAUCAAACUUUUAUGGAUAAUGCAAAAUACUCUUCUGACAUCCACCACAAAAAUAAGCUGGCAAAACGUGCAAGAAAUUUAGAAAAACACUCACCAUGGAAAAGAAAUAUUCCAAACAGUGUCAAAGGAAGCACAUCAGUAAUUCAUCCAUGUUACAAUACCCAUGCCAGUGAUAUGUGGUCUAUGCAGCCAGCCUUCUCCAGCUCCUCCAGCUCUCACAGUUUAUGUCCCAGCCAUCCACCUUCAGAAGUAGAUCAACAUUUUUACAGGAAUACUUGUAGUGGAAAGAGUCAACAGACUAGAUGGAGGGAAUCCAAUAUGUACAAUAAGGAACCAUUUGAUAAAUGUACCAGACAUAGGAAGAAAGUGCAUGCUCAUGUUGAUUCACACAAGUCUACUGAAUGUGACUAUGGGAAAAGUAAUAUGGAUGAAGGCACUGAGCCUCCAGAUGCUUGUUCCAGUUACAGAGGGUCUCCUCAACCCAGCCACCAUUUGGUUUGCCUCUCACAGCAUCAACAGCAACCCCAUUCAUCCAGAGUUGAAGCCAGUAAUAAUUUUGUUUCUCAUACAAACCCAGUGUACAAUGAAAUAUCAGAUGUUCACAAAAACAGUACAGUCAGUAGUUCUAUAUUUAGACAAAAUAUGAUUCAAAGGAAACCAAAGGAGAAAAAGAAAGAAAGGUCUUCAAAAUAUCAUGGGACACAUCCAGAUCCUACACAAAGUCUAACUUCCACUAAGUCCAGACAUUUAUGGUGGGAGUCUUGUGGCUCCAAGAAAGAGGUGCUACCCACUGAACACACUUCAGUGCAUGGCUCAGGCCCUUGCUGGAUGCAUCACUCUCAGACUACUCAGAGGCAGUACAGCCAGACAAAUCCACCACCAGGUCCACCACCAGAACUCCCUGUUGUGUGUGAGGCGCAUGAACGAGAAGUUUUUCAAAAUUUAGCUCGGAAAUAUGGUUUUUGUGAGACUUGUGGGUGUGAAAAAUCACUCGUGCAGCAACAUGAGGGUGCCUGUGGUCCUGACAGAAGUUGUGCUCGGUUUAGUGACUGGAAUGAGCGAUGUGGCUCUUCCAAUGACCCCACUCCUUCAAUGUCAUGGGACAAUCUCACACCAGAGCCAGCUCCAGCCCUCACCGAUACACAGCCUCCACAAGCAGUGUGGGGGACAAACUUGGCACAAAGUAACAAUAAAGAGGAUAAUGAAAAUAAUGCUGAUGAUGGUUGUGAUAGUUUUGUUCCUCCUUGUGGUAGCACAUAUACCAAAUCUUGUCAGAGUGGUGGGGAGGGCUAAUUCAUCAUGGUAUAAUUGGUUAAGCAUGCUCUCUCUUACAUUAUUUUUUUUUCAUUAAUGUGGGAAAGUUGCUUCUGCUACAAGUAAGGGCCAACAUUGAAGCUGAAAUGGUUAGCAUUAUCCUUAUCAAAAAAUAUCCAGGGUAAAGUGCAAUAAUUCAGUUUAUUAUUCUUGAUGUUACUGCUACUUGAUUAUAACAUAUAAAGGUUAUAUAUGUAGAGCAAUGGCUACAAUAUAAAAGUGUAAUUUUUAUGAAACCAAAAAUAUAUAUGUAUGGAGCUUA